AUGGUCGGGAUAUUCGUAUAUCGAGCUUUUGCCGACAACAAUGACCACGAACAACUCACCUUCAUCGUCGGAGGGUAUCUCUGGCAAGAAGAGCCUAGAAAAGGGCUUGAGUAUGGGAUCAAGCUUGUCGCUGCUUACGAUGAAGAAAGCAGAACAAAUGUUGACAAAAGAGUUACGGGAAGCCAGCUCAUGUUCAAUGUUGGCAAGAAGCUAGCCCCAGACAGUGAUGUGUGA